GAAAGCUACUUCCUGUUUUGCUUCAUGACGUUGGCCUGUGCGUCGUGACGUCACCGCGCUUCCCGUCUCCACCCGUACUCAGCAGCCAUGAUGCAGGAAGGGCUGGACGACGGACCCGACUUUCUCUCCGAGGAGGACCGAGGGCCGCGGGCGGUGAACGUGGAUCUGCAGACGGACGCCACGCUGCAGGUGGACAUCUCCGACGCCCUGAGUGAGAGAGACAAGGUCAAGUUCACCGUGCACACCAAGAGCACGCUCCCUAACUUCAAGCUGAACGAGUUCUCGGUGGUCCGACAGCACGAGGAGUUCAUCUGGCUGCAUGACUCCUUCGUGGAGAACGAGGAGUACGCAGGAUACAUCGUCCCCCCGCCCCCCCCCAGGCCAGACUUCGAUGCGUCCAGAGAGAAGCUCCAGAAGCUGGGCGAGGGCGAGGGAUCCAUGACCAAAGAGGAGUUCACCAAGAUGAAGCAGGAGCUGGAGGCAGAGUACCUGGCCAUCUUUAAGAAGACGGUGGCCAUGCAUGAAGUGUUCCUCUGUCGAGUGGCGGCGCAUCCUGUCCUCCGAAAAGACCUGAACUUCCACGUCUUCCUGGAGUACAACCAGGACCUGAGUGUCCGGGGGAAGAACAAGAAAGAGAAGCUGGAGGAUUUCUUUAAGAACGUUGUGAAGUCAGCGGAUGGUGUUCUGGUGGCCGGAGUGAAGCAGGACGUUGACGACUUCUUCGAGCACGAGAAAACGUUCCUGCUGGAAUAUCACAACCGAGUGAAGGACGCCUCGGCCAAGUCCGACCGGAUGAUCCGCUCGCACAAAAACGCUGCAGACGACAUCAACAGAAUCGCCUCGUCUCUUUACACGUUAGGAACGCAGGACUCCACCGACCUCUGCAAGUUCUUCCUCAAAGUGUCGGAGCUGUUUGAGAAGACCCGGAAAAUCGAGUCUCGAGUCGCCGCUGAUGAAGACCUGAAGCUGGCCGACCUGCUGAAGUAUUACCUGAGAGAGUCCCAGGCCGCUAAGGACCUGCUGUACCGCAGGAGUCGGGCUCUGGUGGAUUAUGAGAAUGCGAACAAAGCUCUGGAUAAAUCUAGAGCGAAGAACAGAGACGUCCUGCAGGCGGAGACCAGCCAGCAGCUCUGCUGCCACAAGUUUGAGAAGAUCUCAGAGUCCGCCAAGCAGGAGCUGAUAGACUUUAAGACGAGGCGAGUGUCAGCGUUCAGGAAGAACCUGGUGGAGCUGGCUGAGCUGGAGCUGAAACACGCCAAGGGGAACCUCCAGCUGCUGCAGAGCUGUAUGGGUGUCCUGAAGGGAAACACCUAACUCCGCCCCCUCCAUCAGGACACACCCCCUCCACAAGCCCCGCCCCCAUCAGCUGACUGAGGGCAGGCGACACAGAGGAGCAGAGAGAGAGUACAGGAAGUCUCCCUCUUCCUCAGAGAGAACAGGAAGUCACCCUCCUCUUGCUCUUUGACUAUAACGUGUUCAUUGGUGUAAAUAAAGUCACAUGACCUCCCCCGGGAACACCGAGGUAAACAACAACAUGAUCAGCUGUAACUGUUAGCUCAUAUUAGCCAGCUACGCUAAUCCUGUUAGCAGAAGUUAUCACAAGAAUCUGUUGUUGUUAUUGUUGUUGUGCUAAUGUUACCGUCCGUCUGCUAACACCUUGAGCUAACGUUAGCCCACUCAUUGUAUGGAGUUAUCUCCUGAUGGUGUUACCUGGCUGUGAUUGGUGGAGGUUGUGAUCACAUGAUUAAACAGUUUGUGCUCAGCUUCUCUCUAAAGUGUUCAGAGGAACCUGAAGGUUUUAUGUUUUAUUAUUAAAGUGAACGUCACCGUUCACACACACUAACCUCCUGUUUUAAACAAUGUAAAUUAUAACAAAACUACUUUUGAUGUCUCGGGUUCCACUGCUUUCAAAAUAAGAUGUUUUCCAUGGAUUUAAAAAUGAAUUAAAUACAUGUAUUUAAAAA